GAUAUGGAUUUUUUUCGCGCCGGCGCGAACGUCGAACAGGCAAAGCGUGCUUUUUGCACUUGUAACUUGUUAUAGAAUUUUGUUACAUUUCAUAAAACUGAUUACUGUGUUAAGUACAAUGUUCAAAUACUGGAAUAAAAGAUAGCAGGCAGCUCUCAAAAUUUCGGAUACUUAUUUAUAUUUGUUUUGUGUAAAUAAUGUUUUUCAAUUUAUAAUCCUAAUACGAAAAUGAUAGUGUAAAGAGAGUACAAAUUACGAAGCAGAAUGGGAUCCAUCGUUUUAAAAAGCUUGUCCAUUCUCUUGGGAAUUUUCUUUAUAUUUGUGGGCAUAACUAAGCUUUCGCCUAUCAUUUCAAAGGAAUUACAUAAAGAUUUGAGAAAAGAAUAUGUGAGGUAUGCGAAAGUUUUUCCGUUUUCGGAAAUGUUGGAUUUUAAACUACCGUCGAAAUGGUAUCGCAGGACUGUCGGCGGGUUAGAAAUAUUGUUUGGGCUGGCGUUGGCAACGAUACCGAGCCAUAAAAUAAAGAACACAGCAAAUGUCGGUCUGGUAUGUCUAAUGAUCCUGGCCGCGUAUUCCCACGUCGUGGUCGGAGAUCCAUUCGACCGGUGCGCGCCGGCCUUGGUUUUCUUCUUCAUGCUCACAGGAAGGCUUGUAGUCUGGUACCAAACAAGUCGGCGAGAAGAAUUAGAAAAAACAGCCGCAACACAGAAUGGCAACGGACUCAAGAGGGAGUAACAUACUCGUAUACAGGAGGUAGCCUGUUUUAGUUAACAUGACAACAGUAAACCAAAUUAAAGGCACAAAAUAUCUAGUGUUAUGUUUAAAACACGAGAAAAUAAUCCUUAAUUAUGAUUUUUUUUUGAAAAAUUGUUUCUGUGAUCAUACUAGUCAUUAUAAUAAAAUCGAAGCCACUUACGUUUUUAAGUUAUUUUAUAUUAUUUGCACUUUCUUAACCUCGAGCACAUUGCCUCUUGUUUGUUUUAAUAAAAGUUUUAAUUAACGCUUUUACAUUUACAAAGAAUGCCAUAGAGUUCGUACCCAAAAGUGAUAUUAAUUUAAGCGAUAUAUAAUUAGGUUCGUCUGUGUGAUUGUGAUUUGUGACCGUAGAAUGUGUUAAGUAAUUGUAUUAAACGUUUAUAUAAGCACUUAAAAUUAAUAGAGACCGGUUUAUAUGCGAAAUCGGAAUGAUUGUGAACAUAAAUAUGGGUAUCAAUUUAGUACCCAUAUUUAUGCUCUUAUUUUUUCACUCGAAUUUUCAGUUUUAUGCAUACACAUAUAAUUAAUUAGAUAAAACCAUGAUUGACCUAAUUGAAAUUAUCGGAUACGAGAAUUACUAAACCACUGUAUGAGGUCAAUCCACUGUUAUGUUGCAUAUGAACCGGCCUACUUAUAAUUAUAUAGAACGUAGGUUCUCAAACUGCCACAUUUCGGUAGAAUUAGAAUGAAUUUUGUAUGUAUUUGAAUUUCGCACUAUGAGUACACAUAGAUACUUUAAACAUGUUUUGCUCAAUUGUUAAGUUCCGAAUAUCUAGUGAAAUAAUUGGAAGAAAAUUAGGUAGAAAAAUAGCUUAUUCCUACGCACCCUAUAUUUGAAAUACGCGCUACCAAUAUGCAUAAAUCAAAAGUAACUUACAAGUAAAUCCGCAUUAACAAACGAUCCGCUUUUAAACCAAGUUGAGAAAAUUACAAUACCUACCCCUACACUAAUAGAACCGCAAGUCGUUUUGUAAGUGGUGUUUGAAAUGACAAAGAAUAAAUGGUUAUAAAAUAUA